AUGGCUCAAGCGAACAUUCCUCUGCCUUCACCCUUGAUCUCCUUGCCGUCCGAGGUCUUGGACGAAAUCAUCCAAGCGCUGGUCAACGCCAACGAUGGCAGAGCGGGCUUGGCCAGCUUGGCCCGUACUUGCCGUUACAUGCAUAACCGGCUCACGCCAGUCCUCUACGGUAAAAUCGAGGACCCCAGAAUACACAGUGUAGUGGGCGACGAGGUGGUCGUGUCCAACAGGCCUAGGCUGAACUACCUCGCGCUCGCCCACACGAUUGCGCUUAGCCGUCGUCUACGCCAACAUAUCACGGUGCUGAAGUUCGGCAAUGCUCACCUGAGCCCCGAAGUGCUCAUAAAUGCACCACAGGGCCCGGGUCGGGAUGCCAUGCUUUUGUUCAUUCAACACCGCUUACGUCUGAAUAUCUUGAACCCGGACGAGGAUCUCUCCUCCCCGAUUCCGGCUCUUGCCCUCUGCGCCGUGGCCGUCAACCUUGGACGGCUGGUCCUGACCAGCACCAGCCAUCGAAGCUGGAUUGGCACCGAUUUUCUGCUAAUCCGUGACGCUGACGCCCCGGAGCAACAUUACCCCUGGGGCUCGCGCCAGGUCAAUAUCAAGAUACUAGACGGACUACUUCGAGCCUCCCCCAUCCUGGAGACUCUGAGCAUUGAACGGCCUUCCAGCGGCGCCGAGCUCACGACGCAGCUUCACAAUCUUACCUCCGUCAAGCUGACCACUGCCUGGAUCAGCGAGCGGGGUCUGAUCAAGCUCCUCCGCGCUGCCCGCCAUCUCAACCGCUUUGAAUACUCCAUCAAUCCCCACGGCGAAACCCACAUCAUGCCCGUCUCCCCCAGGGGUAUUCUCCGCGCCCUCGCCCCCGCGUCUCAGACCUUGCAGAGGCUAUACAUAGCCAGCUACAUCCAGCCAAACCUGAUUCCCGCAAACCAUGAGUACCCCCUAAUUGAAACCCUCGCCGGCUUCCCAGCCCUCCGCGAAGUGGCCCUCGAUUACCGUUGUGUCGACCGAGAUUACAACGGCGGUCCGGCAAUGGUUCUGCUGUUCGUUGGAUGCCCGCUCAUUGAGCGGAUAUAUCUCUUUGAUAUCGAGCACAUGCUGCCAUGGGAGUUCCAGGGUUUUGUAACCAGGGUCAAGCAGACCCACUGGCUGCAUUUGAAGACAGUCAAGUUGAUGGGAGACUACGUGAGCGACUUCCAGCUCUACUUCGGCUCGUCACUCGAGUUCAUGCAGGCCCAUGAGGAGAUGGAACGGACGAUGUAUGUGAAGGUGAUUAUUCUGCACGAACGGGAUGAGCGCUAUGUCGGUCCUGGCAUUGAGGAUUAGGAGGAGUGGUAGGAUGAUGAAGCUAAGCGGGUUCGAGGGGUUGAGUUCAAGGUCUGGACUUGCUCAAACUUAGGGAUUGGGUCCAGU